GUGGGCGGGGCCGAGCCGGAACCGCUUCCCGCAGCGGGCGCCGCCAUGCGCGCCCGGGGACUGUCCUGCUGCGCGGUGCUGCUGGUCCUGGGACUCUGCUGCGUGCAUUCGCGCAACGUGCUGCUGAUGGUUGCGGAUGAUGGAGGCUUUGAGAGCGGUGCGUACAACAACAGUGCCAUCACCACCCCUCACUUGGAUGCCCUGGCCCGCCGAAGCCUCAUCUUCCGGAAUGCCUUCUCCUCUGUCAGCAGCUGCUCCCCCAGCCGCGCCAGCCUCCUCACCGGCCUGCCCCAGCACCAGAAUGGCAUGUACGGGCUGCACCAGGGUGUGCAUCACUUCAACGCCUUCGACAAGGUGCAGAGCCUCCCGCUGCUGCUCAGCCAGGCUGGAGUGCGCACAGGCAUUAUCGGAAAGAAGCACGUGGGUCCAGAGACCGUGUACCCCUUUGACUUUGCGUUCACAGAGGAGAACAGCUCUGUGCUGCAGGUGGGACGGAACAUCACUAGGAUUAAGGAACUAGUCCGGAAAUUUCUGCAGACUCAGGAUGACAGGCCUUUCUUCCUUUACGUGGCUUUCCAUGACCCCCACCGCUGUGGGCACUCCCAGCCCCAGUAUGGAACCUUUUGUGAGAAGUUUGGCAAUGGAGAGAGUGGCAUGGGGCGCAUUCCAGACUGGACACCCCAGACCUACGACCCUCAGGAUGUGAUGGUGCCGUACUUUGUCCCAGACACACCGGCAGCCCGAGCAGACCUCGCCGCCCAGUACACAACCAUCGGCCGGAUGGACCAAGGGGUAGGGCUGGUGCUCCAGGAGCUGCAAAGUGCCGGUGUACUGAGUGAUACCCUCAUCAUUUUCACAUCCGACAACGGGAUCCCCUUCCCCAGCGGCAGGACCAACCUGUACUGGCCUGGUACAGCAGAACCCUUGUUGGUGUCAUCCCCAGAGCACCCACAACGUUGGGGCCAGGUCAGCGAGGCCUACGUGAGCCUUCUAGACCUCACCCCAACCAUCCUGGACUGGUUCUCCAUUUCAUAUCCCAGCUAUGCCAUCUUUGGCUCAAAGACUAUCCAGCUCACAGGCCGAUCCCUGCUGCCAGCGCUGGAGGCAGAGCCCCUGUGGGCCACUGUCUUCGGCAGCCAGAGCCACCACGAGGUCACCAUGUCCUACCCCAUGCGCUCCGUCUACCACCACAACUUCCGUCUCAUUCACAAUCUCAGCUUCAAGAUGCCUUUCCCCAUCGACCAAGACUUCUAUGUGUCGCCGACCUUCCAGGACCUCCUGAACAGAACCACAGCCGGCCAGCCCACGGGCUGGUACAAGGAUCUCCACCAUUACUACUACCGGGAACGCUGGGAACUCUACGAUGUCAGCCGGGACCCUCGAGAGACACAGAACCUGGCCACGGAUCCACUAUUCUCACAAGUACUGGAGGCGCUGAAAGCCCAGCUGGCCAAGUGGCAGUGGGAAACACAUGACCCCUGGGUGUGCGCCCCUGACGGGGUCCUGGAGGAAAAGCUCAGCCCGCAGUGCCGACCCCUUCACAAUGAGCUCUGACAGUCCCUGGGGCACCUGCCAGCCUUCCUCUACUCAGACACAAAGGGAGAGAAAACAACAGCCCCACCCUCCGCACACCCGCCCGAGGAGAGCCCCUCUGUAGUGCGGGAUGCCACUCCUGCCUCUGGGGAGGACACUCAGGCAUGCACUCCCCCAUGUUGUCACUGCUUCAGGAGCUGCUGUCCUCGCAUUUGGAAUGCUAUUGUCCUCAUGUCUAUGUGAACUGACCCAGGAGUUCUAGGGGAACCUUGGGCAGGGCAGAAUUCCAAAUUUGACCUGCAGGUGGAGGGGUGAGGUCUCGGGGUUUGAAGCCCUCUGGUUUCUGGAACCCGGGAAUGUUUUUAAGCCCUUCAUUCCAAGAGGAACCUGGUGCGUCUGUGUGCCAUGUGGGCGGCGGGUGGACCACAUUGACUACUUUAACCAACCUUGGUGUGGAGGAAGCCUUUAGGAGGCCCUGGGCUGGCUUUUGCCUUCAUUUUACCCUGGUCAAGUACACGCUUGGCCAGAAAAUCUCCCUGGUUCUCAGAG